AACUCUUCCAGGAUUGAACAUGGUCUGUGUGCCAGAACCCAAAGAAAGGAGCCCCAUAGUGACAGAGGUUACUGAAGAUCUUAUUAGGCGAAAUGCAGAACAUAACGACUCUGAAAUUUUUUCCUUGGAGGAGCUCUCCUUGCACCAACAAGAAAUUCAAAGACUAGAAAAUAUUGACAAAUGGUGUCAAGAUAUAAAAAUUCUCUACCUUCAAAACAACCUAAUUGCAAAAAUUGAAAAUAUUAGCAGACUAAAGAAAUUACAGUAUCUGAAUUUAGCUUUGAACAACAUUGAAAAAAUUGAAAAUUUGGAAGGAUGUGAAGGAUUGGAAAAACUUGAUCUGACAGUAAAUUUUGUUGGCGAAUUGAGCAGCAUUAAAAUUCUUCGGCAUAAUAUACAUCUUAAAGAAAUUUUUCUUAUGGGUAAUCCAUGUGCAGACUUUGAAGGAUACAGAGAGUUUGUGGUUGCUACUCUUCAACAGCUGCAACGUUUGGAUGGCAAGGAAAUAGAGCGAUCAGAGAGGAUUAAAGCGUUGCAGAACUACCCAGUAAUUGAACAAAAAAUCAGAGAGCAGGAAAAGGCUUAUUGCCUCAAAAGAUCCAAAGAGAAAGAAGAGGCUGAGAGAAAACUUCAAGAAGAAGAAGAAAAGGAAAAACAGAAGGAAAACAGAAAUAAUCCAGGUUUCAGUGGACAUCAGUACACAGACAUCGAUAACACUAUUCCACAUUCUCUGCUGCCGAAGAAAGAAAACCAGCAACCGGUAGUAGAAGAGAAGAAAGUUAGUGAAAAGACACCAGAUGAAUUGGACAAGGAAUUCUGGGAGAAGCCCACCGUAUUUACCCCUGAAUCUAGACUAGAAACUCAUAGAUUCUUGGAAAAACAAAGGAAAGAUAAAGAAAAAUUAAGUGGCAAAAAGAAGAAACAAAAGCCACCUAGGACUUUGAUCACAGAAGAUGGACGAGUCUUGAAUAUUAAUGAACCCAAGCUUAAUUUUUCUUUGAAAGAUGAUGAAGAAAAUAAUCAAGUUGUCCUGGAUCUUGCUGUAUAUAGGUUCAUGGAUACUUCUCUAAUUCAUGUUAAUGUGCAGCCAACUUAUGUUCGAGUAAUGGUCAAGGGGAAGCCAUUUCAAGUUGUACUUCCUGCCGAAGUGAAACCUGAUAGUAGUUUUGCUAAAAGAUCUCAGACAACUGGACAUCUGGUGGUCACCAUGCCAAAGGUAGGAGAAGUAAUUGUGGCUAAGAGACAAGCAUGUAAGCCUGGGAAAAAUCCAGAAGGAAACAAAUUGCAGGAAAAGAAAGGAAGCAAACAAAUUGAGAAACUGGAAGUAGAUCCCAGCAAGUACUCAUUCCCUGACGUGACUAAUAUAGUCCAAGAGAAAAAACCCACUUCAGGACGAAUCCAAGCUCAGCCUCAGGCUGUACCCUGUGCUGAAGAGCCAGACUUCGAAGAUAACCCUGAAGUACCACCUUUGAUUUAAACCUUCAGAAAGUGCUUUCAUUGGUUAUGAUCUGCGUGAUCGAUUUCCUUUAGUUCAGAGAAUGCAUCAUAUUAAGUUAAAAUUACAUUGUAGUUUAAUCUAUAGCAAAACGAUUUCCAUUAUAUUUCUACCUACAUUGAAUAAUAUUAUUUUAAGAACAAUAUAUGUCUUGUUUAUAUACUUCUGACUGUUGUAACACAUCAGAAAUUAUUUAAAUUUGAUUAACAUUUUUCUUCUUAGUUUUUCAUAUAAGCCACAGAAAUAUUUUAAGAACAUGUGAAAGCCAAAUGGUCAGUAGAUUAAAAAACUGGUCAUUAGAGUGGGAAACUAGUCUUUUGUUUACAUUUACGUAGAGCUGUUAUUCUACAGUUUAUUGGUAGGGAGGUAAUUCAUUUUUGUAUGUUUAAAAUGUUUCUAAUUGUGAACCUGGAUUCUAAUCUCCUGGGGUUAGAGAUGUAAGGAGUAGGGAACGUAGCAAUCUGAUCCCAAGGUAGACUAGCCUUUUGUGCCAGGAAAAGGUUUGAAUUCUUCAUUGGCCUCUACCAAUUGUCUGGGAUCCAGGAGAGAUCAGCCAGAGGCUGGAGACCAGAACACAGAAAGAGAAACUAGUAUAGAAGGGAACCCACGUUGGGAAGUAACACUGAGGCUCAACUGUCAGCAAAGGAAAUCACAGCAGUUUAACACUUUCUAAAAGCGUUGUGGAUGCCUCCACAUUGAAGGGGACUGAGGUGCCUGGCUGGGAAAAUAGAGUAAAGGAGGCAGCUCCCUGUGAAGGUCAGAAGCAGCCAUUCCACUCAGCCAUAGAGAAAAAUUGUUUCAAUAAACCAGUCAAAACAGAGAGGAUUCAUUAAGCAUGAAACAGAGCUUCCAGAGCUAGAGCCAUUGGCCUUUCUGGGAGGUGACUUCUUGAAUCAGUGUGGGCAUGUUAACCUCCAUCUGCCAAAUAAAUGGUGGGUUUCUCUUGAUUAGGGAAGACUGGGAACAGGAACAGUAUUUCUCAUGGUCUGUGAUGGACAAGAUUAGACCUUUUUAGUCUUGGAGCCUUGAAGCUGCUGAUGAAGGUCUGAAAUCCACACCUAGAACUGAGGUUCUAGAGGUGAUGUCUCUAAGGGUUGAGAACCUUAAACAAACUUACCAAACUAUAUCUGUAGGCAUUCAGAUCUAGAGAUUAACGUGACAGCAAAACCUAUGCAGGAGUAACCCAGGAGAUUCUUAGUACAAGACCCUGAAGGUAUUCAGAAAGGUAAAGAAGAAGGAACUAAGAAAAAGAAAAGGCCUAGUUGCUUGUACAUUUUUUCUGCAAAGGUAGAAUGAACUAGUUAGACCUCUCUGAUCUUGUAACAGUUUUUAAAAAUUUAUUAUGGUACUUAAACCAAAAACUUUCCUAGAUCUUAGUAAAACCAUCUCCAGGUCACCUUACCAUAUACAACAUACCCAAAUGCUGACAUACCAUAGGUCAAAUCAAGUGUUUCCCAAAUGUAAAAAUGGCAUAAUACACAAUAAAAGCUUGAUAUAACAAAAUAAGCUU